UUUAUAUGGAAGCAGCACACUUUCCUCUGCACAAAGUUAGCAGAUUAUCAAAGGAACUACGGCUAUCAAACGGACCUGGGUUCAUGGAAAUUCCACCAUCAAAUUUUCAUUAAGACUCUGGAUUCUUGCUUGGUCAUUUUGUGAGCAGCUUCUGUGCGUAACAAGGGGCAGACCGACAGCAGCUCUGGGGACGUGCGGCGAAUGAAGACGUCCCUAUCGCACUACUUCCAAGACUUUGUGCAAUUGCUGUUAUUUUCUCUUCAAAAAUGUCAAGACUUCGUCCAUCACGCUCUGCUCGCUGCACUCCGAGCUGCUCAUUUGGAGGAAGGAAAGAUCACAGCCUUUCCGAUCUAAAGGUCCAGCCCUGUAAAUUGUGACAAAGGCUGGCAGCAUUGAAGUAAAUCGAUAUUCAAGAAUGAGUGGCGAUAUUCUUUUAGAAUCUUAACGAUCUUUUGUCCAAUCUGGCCCGAUGUGCGUCUUGGUGUUUUUUUAGGUGAGCGGUCCAGGUACUUGCAGUUUCAGCAGUUAUAGUGCUGAUAGUGACAGAUUAUUAUUGUUGAGGGUCCAUGCGAGACUGGAGGUGAAAACAUGUCUGGCCAUCUCUCUGUGAGGAUCACUGCUGUCAGAGAUGGCAUUUUGGUCCAGUACUUCAGUUUUUACCUCUAAAGUGCCUCGGAAGAUACUGUUCAUGUUCACUCUCUCCCUCUCUGUCACCUACCUGUUCUACAGCUUGAUGAGCUGCUACAACUCGCUGCAGUUCCCCUUGCAGGAAAACUACUUGUACCAAGCGAGGCUGGUGACUGAGGAAACAACUUUCACGGCAUUAAGAGAGAAACUUUACUCCACCACAUCACGGGGCUAUCUUGGAGGUGAUGUGACGGGAAGAACGGCGACCGAACAGACCCCGGCAGGCGAUGCCUUCUACGCUUCGGACCGGACGGGUGAUGCUGGAAUCGAACAAAGCGCAACCGAGUGGGUCAGGACUCAGCUUGCUCCUACUGAAAUGAGCUCCCGGGGCCAGCAUGCCGUUUUCGAGAAAGAGCACCAAGAAUCCAGCACUACGGACGAGGAGCUCAUCAGAUCGGGGAAUAGCACCCCGGAUUAUGGAGAAAAAAAAUUACCCCAAGCCAUCAUAAUUGGGGUGAAGAAAGGAGGUACCAGAGCUCUUUUGGAAGCUUUAAGGGUGCAUCCUGACGUAAGGGCAGUCGGGGUUGAGCCUCAUUUCUUUGACAGGAACUACGAGAAAGGACUCGACUGGUACAGGGAUCUGAUGCCCUCGACGUUGGAAGGCCAGAUUACUAUGGAGAAAACGCCCAGCUACUUUGUGACCAAUGAUGCUCCAAAGCGCAUUCAUUCCAUGGCAAGAGACACAAAGUUGAUUGUGGUGGUGAGGAACCCUGUGACCAGAGCUAUUUCUGAUUACACACAGACUCUGUCUAAGAAACCAGAGAUUCCCACUUUUGAGGUGCUGGCUUUUAAAAACAGGACACUUGGGCUGAUUGAUGCAUCAUGGAGCGCUCUUCGAAUAGGGAUUUAUGCUCUCCACUUGGAAAGCUGGUUGCAGUACUUUCCACUCUCCCAGAUGCAUUUUGUCAGUGGGGAGAGGCUUAUUGUUGAUCCAGCUGGUGAAAUGGGAAAAGUGCAGGACUUUCUUGGACUCAAAAGAAUUGUGACAGAUAAACAUUUCUAUUUCAAUAAAACCAAGGGAUUUCCCUGCUUAAAGAAGCCAGAAGACAGUAGUGCUCCCAGAUGCCUUGGCAAGUCCAAAGGUAGAACUCAUCCCAAAAUAGAUCCUGAUGUAAUUCACAGACUCCGAAAAUUUUACAAACCCUUCAAUAUGAUGUUUUACCAAAUGACAGGCCAGAACUUCCAGUGGGAGCAGGAGGAAAACCGGUAACUUGCAAACAAUUUCCCAUCCCAUAAAACUGUGGGAUGAAAUGGCUCACAUUUUAAAAAUGGGGAAUCAAAUCACACUACCAUUAAUUUAAAGGUGCAAAUGAGCUCAGUGGCCACAUGUAUGAAUUGAUCAUGGCUUUGUUUGUAAAUUGUCUGUUAUCCAUAUCCAAGAUCAUGUUUUUUUUAUCCUUGUUUUAGUGGUGAUGGUAAUGAUGGUGGCAAUCAUUAUGAACAUGCAUAAAUAUAUAUAAGUAAUAUCAAUAUUAUUAUUUUUAAAUGGAAGAUGAUUUUUUUAUUGUUCUUAAAUUCUGAGGAUAUAUAGAAGUCUAAGCAAACUAUCUGCAACAAUUCAAGUAAAGUGUCCUUAAUAAGUGUUUCCCAUAAUGUAAUUUAAAUUUCAUUAUAAACUGCUUACGCCUCACUCAGUGAGAACACAAUGACAAGAACACAUUUAAGCUACCCAAUUUAUCAAAGAUUCUACGACUACUCGCAGUUAUUUUUGGACAAUGUUUUUUAUGAAAUAGCUCUAAGCAGCAGUGGAUAAAAUCAGUGAAAGUCACCAGCCAGUGAAUGUUGGUGUAUCUUUCAGUAUUUUGCAGCAUUGAUUCAUGUCUCUGAGAUUCCUAGAACUGAGACAAUCAUUUUACCAGGCAUUUAUUAGCAGAAUCCAUAAUACCAGCACUGUGCACCUCUUUCUCCUGGGAAUAUUUACUUGGCAUGCAAGAGUGGUUCAAUUCCGUACACCUGUGGACGUUUUUCCCCUAGAGAGGCAAAUGGAACUUGGGAGUAAUUGUAUCAGUCAACUUUUGCAAAGCUUUGUCCUUGAGAGACCCAUAUACCAAAAACAAAAUGUCUAGGUCAAUUGUAAUUUUUAGGCAACCCAUGAAGCACCCACAGUUAACAAAUAGAAUUAAACAAUUGCAUUAGGACACCUCUUGCUACAUUCUAGAUAUUUUCCUCAUGUAGUUCAAAGAGCUCUUAAACAGCUAACUGGAGUCCUUUGCUGGCUGAUGAGAGAUAAUGACAGACUAAUUAAAGGCAGUUACGGUUCUUAGGAGUCCAUUGUUAUUAAGCCCUCAGAUGCUCAUUCAGAAAACAUUAUUUUAAUUAAUCAGGAUUCUGGAGUUCAAGGCUUGUUUGCCCUAACUAAUAUUUACUUUGCCAAGUUAAUUACUAAAUACUUCUAUGGUUACAGCGAAAAGCUUGGGUUCGGAAGAAGAAAGCCUGUACUAAGUCAGUAACUGAAGAAGAGGCAAAACACACCUGCCACAUACAGUACAGAACGAACUCAUUUAGGUGGAGAGGAAUGCAUUGUACAGUAUUUGUCACUGCAGAAAUGAAGGCUAGUGCAUUGUGCAUUGUAGAUAACCAAACAAAAGCUUGACAUUUUUGGAUGCUAUGGUUAGAAGUAAGAAUCCUCAUACAAACAACUGCCAGACUUUCUUUCAUAUAAAAGAAGCAAUGUUUUGAAAGCUUACCAACUCAGAUGGUUAAUGAAAGGGCUAAAUAAAGCAACUUAAUGUUUCUGAAAUUAUUAUUUCUACUAUAGAUUAUUACAGCGUGUAACUCAGCAGCUGGAAAACUAUGGUACGUUAUUUGAAGACUGCAAAUGAUAUGCCAUGAAUUCUAUUAAAUUAAAUGUAGAUAUAGAGCAAUGAAACUAGAAAGCAUUGUGAUUACAAAGUCUCAUAUUUCCAGUGGAAUUGUUCUCUAACAUUGGUCAAAAAGCAUUUUCUUGAUAUCCACAGACACUGAUGUACAAUGAUAAUGCAGCUGUCUAGGUUUUAGAUCAUUAUGUCCUUUGGCACAUGAUAUGUACUGUAUAUCUUAAUGAGAUAAAUAAGAGUGAGCUUAAAUAAUCUGAUUUUAUAAAAUGUCCAUAUGCUUAGAGUUCAGCCUUUAAGUUAAAAUUACUAAAAUCACUUGAUGAAGAAUCUGAAAUGUAUAGUCAUUUAGAAAUACACAAUCUUAAUUAAAUUACAGCAAAAGAUAAUGUACAACCAUGCUUAGAAUGAGAAGUGACAGUUGCCUAUUUGCUUUUGGUAUGAUUGAUGGUGGCCUGUUUGUGAGAGGUGUUGCCAAAGAAUUCCAAUUUACGAUCAACAGUCAACACUGUACGCCAGAGAAACUCAAUGUCCUGGAAGGUCACUGCAUUUUCCCAGGACCACGGCAUCCAUAUGAUGCAUAUGCCUAAUCAUUUUCUGCAAUGACUCAGCAUUCCAGAAAAAAAAUAACCUGCAUAUCAACAGAACAGCUUUAGCUUGCACUGUUAAUGAAAAUGAUCCUUCAGGAGUGAAAUUGGGGAUGGUGUAUUUUAUUCACUAAUGAAAUCCAUUUUGCACCAGUUAGACUUCAAAGAAUGAAGAUGGUUAAAUUAUGUUUAUUUGGGGAUAAAUCUCUAUUAACACAAAUAUGCCUUUGGCCCAGAUUAAUGGCUGCCUUACUGCUCAGCUAUACACUGACAAUGUCUUUGAGCCAAACCAGAAGUGUCAAUUUUCCAGAAGGACAAUGCAAGACCACACAAUGCCAGAAUUACAAUGGGAAGACGUGAGGAAAACAUUGUUAAAAUGUUGCCAUGGCCAGAUGCCAUGGCCUCUUCUCUCCAUGGUCCAACAAAACAUCUGUGACCCAACCCAUACCACUGGCAGUAGAUAACAGUGAUGAACUAAUCUUCAUCAAAUGGCUGCAACAGCAAACGAAGAGUGGUGGAACAUCCCACAGUGAUCUAUCCAGAGGUUGAUCAUGACUGUGCUUUAAUGCUGCCAUGAUUAUGUUAGUGGUCAGUGAAGUUGUACCCAGUACUAUGUAGUGCUUUAAUUUUGACAGCAUGUCUUGUUAAAAAUGGAAAAAUUAUUUCAUAUAGUUUUGUUUAUAUAUAUUUUAUUUUGUUUUAACAUCUACAUUGAAAAUGUUUGAUUAAAUCCAUUAUACCUGGGUAUUACAUUGCUUUUGUGCAUCAGUAUUUUGUAUUUUCUGUAGCCUUGGUGCUUCUGUGUUGAUAAUAAUUAUUCAAAAGAAUGAGAAGUGAGGACAAAAGAUCAUUUUACAAGAACUGGGAGUGAAAAAUAACUAACAUUUAUAAAAAUAUAUAUAUAUAUUAAACACCAUAAUGUAUAUUAACAUUAAAAAAGGAUCUUCAACUCACAUCUAUCUCUAAUUUUAACAUUAUGUCUCCUUAUAUAAUCAUUGAAGAUGACAAGAUAAUUGUCUGUCAUGUCUAGAUUCAUUAUAAUUCUGUCACUUGAAUUUAAAAAUUAAAGUUUCAAUUAUUCACAUAUAUAGUAAGAGACAUUAAAAUGCAAAAAAUGCUAUUAGCUCUUGUAUUCAUUUGUGUUUUAAUGUCUCUCACUUGUAAACUAUGUAAACUGUUUUUCAACCAGGGUUUAUUAAUCUUAUUUUAAUGUCUUCUUAUUAAGGAUAGUGCAUUGGAAGUGUUGAAUCAGAUUUCAAUUUUGUAACUGAAUUCACAUUUUAUUUCUUUAGUGCAGAUAAUGUGUUUAUUUAAAUCAUACAACUUAGCUCAUACUUGGUGCAGCACAGCCCUUUGGUUAUCCAGGUUUAUCAACCAGUAUGAACUAAAGCUCAUUUACCAUAAAUUACAGAAGGUUGACAGGAAUACAAAGCAAUGGCAGUUUGAUUCUGUUAACUUUAAUAAUGGAUGAAGAACAAUAUAUCAAUGUGUGCUUCUUGAGUUAUCAAUUUACUUUCUUACAACAUGAUUCCAUCUGAUGAGUGGCCUUAAUGCAGAGUCCUUAUAGAAUCUCCUUCAUUUGAAGGGCAGGGUCAGGCUUGGCAGACCAAAGCACCUGUGUUAAAUUUAAACUUUUGAGGACUUCAGGCAUCACUUUUCAGUAAUUCACUUGGCUUAAAGUGUAAAACAGUAUAUGUGUUAUCCUUCCAUUAGCCUAUUUUGCUUGCACAUUUAUUCAUAUUUAUUACUAGAAAUAUAUGGAAAGAAUGUUUACACAUCUCUGGCCAGAUCUUUAUGUCUGCAUUUGCCUUUUCCCUUUGCACAAUUGACAAUCUUCCGAUUUGUUGCUUGUGAAUGUGAACGUGGGUGUGAAAUACAGCCAUAUUGAGACAAUGGUUUAAUAAAGGUCUUUUGAGUUAGAUGACAUUAAGUGCCAAGUGCACAUAGUUAUUCAGGACUUCAGUUUGCAUCAUUUUUCUUAAGAGCAGUACAUGAAUAAAAUUAAAACUAAAAAAUUCAAAUAAAUGUGUUAUUUUCCUUUAAAGCUGUCCACUCAAAUUAACUGCAUCUACAUCAAUCUAGAAUAUGUAAUCUUUUCAUUGGGUACUCUGUGAAAUGUUGCAGAGACUGCACUUUGAUGUAAAGACCUUGAUAAACCAACAUGGUGUCAAACGAUUAACAAGCAAUUUUCCUUGACUUCACUAUCAAUAAACCAUACUGUUUUGCCAUUACACGGUUAUGAUUAUAACGAUUAUAACUACACUUCACAAGCAUUACUUCUGAAAAUACUAAUGAGAAGUCAGUGAUGUGAUUUGAUUAAAACAAUUUUAUUAAUAGAUUUUAGUAUGAUGAUAAUGAACCUAAAAUAGCUUUGUUUUUGAUACUUCCCAGAAACAUGAAAUCCUUAAUUGGUGACUGGGUGAAUCCUAAGUUCUGUACUCAAUUUUUUUUCUCUCACCUAUUCUGUCAAUGUGCCACACUGAAAUGGCUUCCUGGGGUCAGCCUGAAUGUCAUGCUGUUGGUCAUGUCUCCUUGUCAUGGGAGGCAUUGCUCCCUUUCACAAAUUUAUUCAAUGGUAUUUUUUCGCCAUGAGGUAUUUAAAGAAGCAGGACCUAUGUGUUGGUGUUCUGGACCGAACAGUGUGGGAUGCAUCUCUUCUGAAACAGAACUGCUUGACUGUCAAUUUUCCUGGAAUGCUCAAAGUUUUUUGCUAUUUGCUAUUAUGUACCUUAAAAACAAAAAGAAAUUGAUAUGAGUGUGGAAUUCCGCUGAUAAAAUUUACAGCACUAUUCAAUAAAACAUCUUUGCA